UGCUAGCACCUGAUUGGCUGCUCAGCCGGAAGUAAACAUCACGUGACCUCGCCGAUCACCUGAUCCUCCGUAGACAUCUUUACGAGUCACGACUGCUGCGAUUAAUUCAUCCCUCUUCGUCUGUGAUUUUCGGGCCCGCGCGGAUCUUUGACAGCAGCAACGAUGGCGCUCAGCGAUGCCGACGUUCAGAAGCAGAUCAAGCACAUGAUGGCCUUCAUUGAACAGGAGGCCAAUGAGAAGGCAGAAGAGAUCGAUGCAAAGGCGGAGGAAGAGUUCAACAUCGAGAAAGGCCGGCUGGUCCAAACUCAGAGGCUGAAGAUAAUGGAGUACUACGAGAAGAAGGAAAAGCAGAUCGAGCAGCAGAAGAAAAUCCAGAUGUCCAACCUGAUGAACCAGGCUCGACUGAAGGUGCUGAAAGCCAGAGAUGACAUGAUCUCGGAAAUGCUGAGCGAGGCGCGCCAGCGGCUCGGGAACAUCGCUAAAGAUCCGGCCAGGUAUCCCGGCCUGCUGGACGGGUUGAUUUUACAGGGAUUAUAUCAGCUUCUGGAGUCCAAAGUGACCAUCCGCUGCCGUAAACAGGACUUUCAGAUGGUGCAGGCGUCCAUCCAAAGGAGCAUUCCUGUAUAUAAAGCGGCUGUGAAGACCAACGUGGAGGUCCGCAUCGACCAGGAGAACUUCAUCUCCCCCGACGUCUCCGGGGGUGUUGAGAUCUAUAACGGUAACGGCAAGAUAAAGGUGGCCAACACCAUGGAGAGCAGACUGGAACUCAUGGCUCAGCAGAUGAUGCCUGAUAUCCGGGUGUCCCUCUUCGGUGCCAACCCAAACCGCAAGUUCCUGGACUAAAGAGCUCCGCCUCCUUGGAGCGAAAAACUCCAACUUCCCCCCCCUAUUUUUUUUAUUUUGUCACAUGAAAAGUCAUCCCUCUGUCCGUGAAACAAAAAGAGACGCAUUGUUGUUGUGUGACGUGUUGCUGUAUUUUUUCUGUGCGUCGAGGGCACGUGGUGGACGCCCAGCGGUACCGAAGUGCAUUGUGGGUACCGGCGCGGCCGUUCAGUCCGCCGCUCCGCGUUCGACGGUCUCCUUGUUUACGACGCGAUCAGCUGAUUGGCUGGAGGUUGAACAGGUUGUCCUCCUAGAUUAGAUUAAGACAAACGCAGCGGCCGUGAUCCCAGAUUAAAAGUGGCACGGGUUAUUGUGCUGCUAACGGAUGCGCGCUCCAACCAAUUACCGAGGGAAUAAUGGCGUCCUUCAAGCUCACACAGUUAAUUUAUUAUUGUGCGGCUGAUAUCAUUCCAGAGGGAGCGCCGGAUGUAUGUGACGUUUCCAGAUUAAAUUAUACGUAUGUGGGGUUUGUUUCUUUAUUUCUUUCUCGUUUGUGUCCCAAUCUUAUGAGAUGUGAUAUUGUGAAAAGUAAAACAUAAUAAAAUAUAAAUCCUUA